AAGGUUUGGAAGGGGGUGGAACUGGAUGGGCUUUAGUCCCUUCCAAGCCAAACCGUUCUAUGGUUCUGUGAGUUUGCUUCAUUACAUGAAACAUUUGAGCUACGAGAUCCCUCACAGCUGCAACACGGGGCUGGUCAGUGAAAGGGGCCCCAAGAAAAAGUUCAGUGGGAAAACUCUACCAAAAAUUACAGAAAAUCUUGAACUCAUUGAGGAGAGCCCUUCAUGCAACCAAAGCAAUCAAGUGAAUGUCAGAGAAACAAGAGACUUGGAAAAAGAAGAAGAGGAAUCAGAAGAAAGCAAUGCAUCACUGAAGAAAUCCUCAAUGAUCAGCUUUGAAAGUAAAGAAAGUUUGCAAAAUGCAGAAAUGACUUCAAGUACAGGAAUGACUCUUCCCACAGGUGUUUCAACCUUUCUCAUUCAGUGUUUAGAUGCCGAUUCAACUGCAGAUUUUAACAAUACUAGUGACAGCCUGCAGAGUUACUCAUCCCCUGAAACAUUCAGAGAUGAUGAUUCAGAAAGAAGUCAUUUUUACUCUGUGGACCUUGGCAAGUACAAGAACUCUACUCUACUGGACUCCAGCAAAGCAGUGACCAUUGAUAAGAUAGCACAGAUCUCAAAUCUUUCAGCAAUAUUAGAACCUGUACCAAAGGAUUUUCAAGACCAGUGCAUUAGAAGAAAGAGACCAUCAAAUUGCAAUUACAGUUCUUCAGCAUUAGGCAUUUCAGCUACUCUGUCAGGAAAAAAGCUCUGUAAAAUUACAGCUGCAAGAGAGAGAACUCCAGACCUAAAAAGUGGUAUGCGCUGUGCUUCACCCUUAGGACCGGACAGCAAGCCUGACAAGCAAACUGCUAAACCCAAAAGGGUGAAGCGUAAGGAAACAGGAAACAAUUCUAAUCCAGCAGAAGAAGGUUCAUCAUCAUUCAGGCAGCUUGGUGCCCCAGGAAACACUUCAGCCAAACCAGGGGGGUUGACAGCAGAAGUUGUGCCAACCAAACCAACAGAUGCUGUGGUGCAAAUGACUUCCACCAUGCUGAUGAUUGAGGAAAAUAAAGCUCUAAAAAAUCCUGGUAAUGCUCAGCUUGCACAGCUAAAGCUCAGCUUGUCGCCAGUGUGCAAAGCCUCACCUGGGGAAAGCCUGUUCCUGAAUACCACAGGUCCAUGUGUAAAUUCAGAAGAAAUUGUUCCUGCAUCUCUGAGCUCAGAAAAGGAAAUUAUUCCUCAAAGUCCAGAAGAAAAGAAUAUUUUUAAGCCCCCAUGUGACAGACAAGAAAUCUGCUCCAUUGUUAGACUGUCACCACACCAGAGGCCUUCCAGGCUGCAGCAAGUUCCAGUUAUCAGGAAAGGGUUCUCCCUUCCCAAAGGAGUGCCUGAAGAUACUAUUACAAGUACCAAAAAUUGGAUCUGCUGUGAACAGAGAUGAGAUUUCUGGGUCUCAGCAGGAGUCAACAGAAGAAAUGACCAUCUUGUUGCUGGAACAGAACUAACAAAUGGCUGGUGGUUUUUUUCUUGUUUGCACAUACAUUGUUUGAAAUUUGGUAUUAUGUGUUCAGUAAGCUUGUAAGUACUUUACUCAAGUACUUAACAUUAAAUUAUGUUGUACAGCAACUAGAUCCUAUUCUGGGCAUCAUUCUGCAAGGACUCCAUAAAGAUGAUUCUUGAAUUUGCUUAGAUUUUUAGAAAGCACGACUCAAGAACAGCAGACCAAAUUAAUUAUGGAGUUAUAUUUGGCUCUUGCUCUGCCAGGAUUUCUUGUUUUCUCUAGUAGCAUUAGCAUUUAAAGAUGUGACCUCUGUUUAAGUGUUAAUACAGGUUAUGGGGGUGGGUGUGAAAGCAUUCAUGUUCUCUCAGGGACCCAGAAGUCAAUAGUAUGCUGCCGUUAAACUCCCUGAAUGCUUAGGUCUGCAGAACUUUGGAGGUGCAGGACUGUAUGUUCUGCUGUAAAUUGAUUUUUUAACCAUGAAUAUAGGUCAUCAUCACCCUGCCAUCACUGUGAGCUGGCUCUUAGUGAUCAGCAUUGUCACCAUUCUGGGCACAUCCACUGCCCAGCCACUGGCACCUCUGAGUCCUUCCUGUUCCAUCUCACCUGUUCUGUAGCAUCAUAACUCUCAGUCACUGUUUCUUCUACUGCCUUCAGACUUAGAAGCAGCAGAUGCCUUCCAUGAAUACAAGGUGGGAAAAACCCUUUUAUAGCUGAAUUGUGUGAAGAGCUGGAUAUUGGCAUUCUGGAUUUUCAGGUUACUGUUCACACUAUGUCCACAUAAUUUCCACUUCAGCUUGUGGAUUGUUAAUUCUUAAAUGUCAUUCUUAGUGUGCCAAGUGCCUCAGAAAACACUCUCAAGAGCACAGUUUUCUCCAGCUGAAUUCACUGCAGGUUAAAGUUAUUUGGAUCCCUACAGAGUUCUCACUACAACACCCUGACUCUUUUCUGGACAAAAAGGGAAGUUUUUUGAUGUUUCAAAAUGCCAGUAUGGCUUUCAAAAGUCUGUUUCUCAGUGUUAUCACUCUGGAAAAUAGUUUUGUAUUUCCAAAAAGAGCAUGCCAAGAAAACAUACAAACUCCACAACUUUAGUUUGACUAUGUUUGAAUAACCUGUGAAAGUUUGAACCCUGAGCCUUUCCCCAUUGCUCUGGGGCAGAAGGAAGUGCAAAUAAAUGAUGCUGGAUUAGUCUAUGAAGAAGUAUUGUAUAAACACACUAUAUGGCUCAAGGUUAAAAAUUAUGCCAUUAAGCUAUUUUUCUUUUUUUAAGCAUUAGUAGAAUGACUUCUACCAAUAACUCCUUGGAGUCCUCUCAGAUGUGCUUCUAAUUACCAAUAUCCUUGUUCUUGCAAAUAUUCAGUCACUAGUAUUUAUGCAAGAAUCUAGAGCCCCUAAGAGAUAGAGGUGAACUUCUUGAGGUAGUUUUAAGCAAAAUUGAAAGCUACUUAUCUAGAAAGUUGUGAUUAUGAUGAUUGCUCAAGUAAAGGGUGGUCCUGAAUAAAGAUGUGUUUAUUUUAAGGGUAUUCUAGAAGUCCUAGUUAAAAACACUUAUUUUGCCCCAGACCAUUUGGUAGUUUUAUACAAGAGACAUACUAAUACUGGCAAAUUAAUUGGAAAGUACAAGAGAAAGAAAUAUGGUGUGUAACUGUAGCAGCCUGAAUAUUGCUGCAUUUUGCUUUUGUUUUUCUUGAUGUGAUGAGUCUGUAUAGGAGGGCAGAAAUAUCAGGAACCACAAUCUCUUGUCCUUCCCUUCAGUUAUGAAAGUGCUGCUUCUUAUUUUCAUCUUUUGUCUGACUCUCAGAGAAAGUGUAAUUAAUUACCAGGCUAGCUCUGUGCCCCAGGGAAGGAAAUUCAUUUGGAGGCUGGAACAAUCUCUACUCUUGUUCUGCUUUUCUCAAAGGAAAGGCAUUUUCCCAUAGUUUGGUUUUUAGCUGCAGAACUACUACAUAAAAUUUCAUUCAGAGUGGAAACUGGCUCUUCCAUAUUGGUGGAUAAAGGUUAUGGGUCGUGGCCUGUUAAUGGGUAGGACAGAGGAGGUUAUUUGUGCAGUGAUUCAGGAGAGGAAUCUGUUCAGUGUCACCAGGGCUGCUCUGUCACGUCCCAGACAUGAUGAAGCCUUAAUGGCUUGAAUGGAAUCGCUCCCAGCGAGUCAGUCCAUGCAGGAACUCUGAUAAUCCUUUAUCACCAGGAAUUGUGCAUGGCAGAUGCAUGUUGAGUAAAUGUAUUGUACAUAAAUCUGUAAGAGGUUUUUCAUUAACACUGUUCAGUUAUUUUUGUUAUCUGAAGUGCACUUCUAGGAGACUUUGACUUAAAGUGUUCAGAGAUGAUGGAAGAUGUUUUGCUUCUUGCAGUGGAGUGCAUGUACAGGCUGGUGGGGGGUAAAGACCUUGCAUGCAAAUGGUUCUGCUGUGGUUCAUAAUCUUCAGACAUGGAAAGGAGAGGUUUGGGGCCCAAAUCAGCAUGUACUGAAUGGGCACAGAAGUUCAUGUUCUUUGUGUAGGUAUGAAAAUUUGCCUAGAGAGAGGUUUUUAUGGGGAAGAGGAUGAUUAAAUUUUACCCAUCCUUUUUCUCUCACUGUCCUUCCUCCCUUCCCUCAAUUAAGGUCUGACAGUCAAGCCUAUCAGAAUCAACUGCUGUUAAUUUAGGCAUUUUGGAGCAGGUUAAUAUUUACUCUUAAAGGGACUCCAUCAGCUGGAAUUGUAAUGCACUCGAGAUGAGCUAAAUCUUCAUUGCUCUCAGUUGUGAAAUUACUGAAAGCUGAGUUACAUGUCCUGGCCAAAAUUUUAUCAGUUUGUAGUGCUCCCUGAGGACUUCUUGUAUGUGAGACUGUAUUUACAUGCCCACCUUGAAGCCAGGAGGGUUUUACCUGGUGAAGGGAUGCAAAGGUUGGUCAUGUACAAAUCUAUGGCAGGCAGGUGUGUCUUCCAUACAGAGCAAGGGGAAAGGGAUGCAUCUAAACAUCAGUUCCUGUUUUCUGUUAGAAUUAUCUUCAACUUCUGGUAGAUGAAAAACAAAAUUCCUACAGAUGGGUGACUGUGAAGAAUUGUUGUGUAGAUAUGUUACACAUGCACUAAAUUUUGCCUUAAAAAGAAUCUGCUUAAUUUAAUCUUACAUCAUAGGUUGUUUUAGUUUAAUUCCAUUUUGUAGGGAAAGCAGAUGAGUCAGUCAGUUUUGUCAGUCCUUAAUUAAACUCCCCAGCAGCGUUGUAUCUGAACAGUGAUACACUGAAGGAGACUGUUAACUGUUACCAGGAUUUCUAUUUCACUUCAGCAUUUACUAAUAAAGAGUUUUGCAAAAA